AUGACCCUGCAGAAGAAGCCCAACAGUAACUCCGUGACCUUGCUUGCCAGCGGGAAAUGGCAGAUAGCAUUUCACCCACAUGUGUAUUUCUUACAGGCUUCCAACUAUCACACAAGUUCAGACCAAUGGAAGAAAAGAGCAGCAAAAAUUGAAUUGACUGAAACCCAAAAGCAAGAAAUUAAAGAGGCCUUUGAUUUAUUUCAUAUUGAUGGGUCUGCAACCAUAGAUGUGAAAGAAUUGAAGAUUGCAAUGCAGGCCUUAGGAUUUGAACCAAAGAAAGAAGAAAUUUAAAAAAUGGUUGCUGAAAUCGACACAGAAGGAAUUGGCACCAUUAGUUCUGAAGAUUUUUUUGCCAUAAUGAGUGUAAAAAUGAGUGAAAAAGAAGAAAUACUGAAGACUUUCAAAUUAUUUGAUGAUGAUGAUACUGGAAGCAGAACACUAAGCAACAUCAAGAGGGUCGCUAAGGAACUAGGGGAAAAUUUAAUGGAUGAUGAGCUUCAGGAAAUGCUUGAUGAAGCUGAUUGUGAUGAGGAUGGAGAAAUAAAUGAGGAAGAAUUUUUGAGAAUGAUGAAAAAGACCACUCUUUAUCAAUAUUCUUUUUUUCUUCCUUCUGUACAGUUGUUAACAAAUUGUAUUUGUUAUGCAGUUCCAUAAUAUCUGAAUGUAUUCAUUUUCAAUUUUUAGUUUAUAUACACAAAUGUGUUUCUUGAUGUCUAAUCCACGUGAGUAGUUACAUGUUUCUACCAAUGUGUUGUUAAAUCUAUAACAUCAAGAAACAAAGAAAAUGUAAUGACUUUCUUGAACCAUGAAUCCAAGAAGAGUAUUAAUUCCAACUGCUAUUUUUAGAGUCUCAGGGUCAAAAGACUUAAAAUUUUUUUAAGUUUAAUGAAACUGGCCCCACAUCCAAAUGAAUUUGGCAAACAAGCCAUUACCUUCCCUAUUAUUUUCCUUUUGUGCAACUCUUUAAAAACUGAUGAGCAUUUGCUUUUUAGUCAGUUAUUCGGAUAUGUAAAGUAUUAAAUAAAAUUGACAACUACACUGUUAAUUUUCUUUUUAUAAAGAAAUUCAAAGCACUUAUAUCACCGAGAUUUCCUUAUAAGUUUGACCCUGUAAGUUAGGAUUUAUUUAAUACCUCUGCCCUAGGACAGGUGCUAGGGAUUUUACGUAUGUUAUCUCAGUUAAUAUAUUACAACUUGGAACCUGGUGGUAUUAGUUCCAUCUUACUACAUGUGAGAAAACUAAAGUUCGGAUAACUUAAAUUUAAAAAUUGUUGAAUUGCCCAUAGAUGAUAAAUAAAACAUGGAUUCUAAA